UAUGGACUUUCUAUUUUUAGAAAUUGAAUCUGUAUCUUUGUACAUCGACAUGGGAGGACACGAAAGCAUAUACGCUAGUAUACCAGGAUCUGACAUAACAUACGCCGACAUGAAUAGAGGAUUGUUGACAGCUGCAGACAUGACAAGUGGAUUGUCGACAGCUGCUGACAUAACUAGUGGAUUGUUGACAGCUGCUGAUAUGACUAGUGGAUUGUUGACAGCUGCUGACAUGACUAGUGGAUUGUUGACCGCUGCUGACAUGACUAGUGGAUUGUCGACCGCUGCUGACAAAAGUAAUAGAUUGUCGAUAGAUGCUGACAAAAUUGGAAGAUCGACUAAAGCCGAUGACGUUCCUAGCAGAUUUGAUGUCCACCUGCAUGCCGAUAUGGAUAAAAAGAAUCAUGAAUACAUAGCUCCUGUAUACUCUCGACAAAAUGCUGCACUGGAGUAUAUAAAUGGUACAAUCAUUUAGAAAUAUUUAGCUACCGUACUCGUACAUAAAAUAUACAUGUACAAUAUACUUAUAUGAUGUUUCUUGCUGCAUUAACACUAUGAAUAUGUACAAAUAUGUUUUAAGUACAUACAUAUAAGUACAAAUAUUAUUACCCAUACCUAAGUUGUACAAAUGUCGCCAGUACAGAUAAUUAUUAUGUUCAACUUUGUACAUUAAUAUAAUGUAUUUACAGUCCUAUUUAAUAUUUAUAACCAAUGUCCAGUUGAUAAAAUAUUUAAUGCCAAAUAUUUAGCGUGAAGUAUUGAUGAGAUAAAUUCGUGAUACUUUACUGUUAAUACUUCACGCAUGUAAUGCUAUAGAUUAAUAAUGAAAAACCUGUAAUUGAAUGAAGUACAAAAUUACGAUGAAUCGUGUUCAUAUAUUAUUUUAUCAUUAUUUAUAUUUAUAUAUUUAUUUUUUAAAGAAAUAAUUUCAGUGACCCCUGUUCACUUAUAAAGUUUUAGUAAAUUACUGAUUUUAGUCAAGAAGUAACUAUUAAAAUCACUUUAUAAUAAUCAUAUUUAAAGUGUUCUAUAUACAUGUCAUUAAGAGAUUUUAACGGUUACUGCCAGUACCAUGUGAUAAUGUAAAAAUAAAUAAACUGUGAUAUGAUGUUUUAUGAUUUUAUGAAAUACAUUCCAUCUCUCUA